CAAGGGAUUUUUGGUGCAUAGUGAACAACACUCAUAAAAGAUUCAGAGCUUAUUUUAUCUUAUGCAUUUUUUAAAAUGGCGUUAUUAAAAUACUUGUUUGUAUAUUUUACUGUACUACUUGCAGUAUCAAAAGCUAGAAGAACUGAGAUUAAUGUACUUGAACAGCAUGGAGUAGUAAUUAAAAAAGUUGAUAUCACUAAAUGCAAAGUAGACGGAAAUCCUGGUAACGAUACGGUCAUUGAAAGAUGCGGAAUCAUUCGUGGAUCAGAAACGAGAAUUUCAAUAUAUUUGCAAGCAAUUGACUUGAAAGGAAAGAACACAGAAAAAAUCACCUUCUCAGUCUGUGGAUAUUUCUUCUUUUGUAUCCCAAUGUCGGUGGAAGAAGAUGAUUUCUGUAAAUCUGGCAGUAAAUGUCCACUGAAAGAUAACAAGAAAAUUCUGCAAAAACUAACAAUGUCUCUACCGAUCAAUCAACAUUAUCCAAAGAUGAAGGUAACCUCAAAAGUUACGAUGAAAUAUGGAGAUGGAUCCACACUGGGUGCUUUUGAAGUCAAAUUGAGAAUUGUCGAUUAAUUACAUUUAGUUCUUUCUACGUUUAACUGUUGCAAUAAAAAAAAACAGUCCUGUUACUUCUUUACACACAUUAUCUGCAUCCAUGGUUAACAUGAAGAAGCCUGUUUCAAUGAGUUGUAUUUAACUUAUAUAAAAGAGACAAAGUGUUUUAACUUUUUAGUUUUUUAUAUCUGUACGUUUUUUAUAAUAAGAAAUAUCUUCAAAGCAGA